CCUUAAUCUCUCCAUCACUUUCAGCUUUCUUCAGGAAAAUAUUUUAGUAUAUUUUAUUGUUAGAAAUAAUGGAAAGGGAAAUAAUGAACUGUGGCUUUCCAUGGGGUGUCUGCUGUUUGGCAAGUAAACAAGUAAGUAAACAAACAAACAAAUACAUACAUAAAUAAUCACUAUCCAUUAAACAAACAAACAAAUAAACAAACAAAAAAACAAUAGACAGAAAAAAGGUAGUAAAUAAAUAUUAAACAAGCAAACAAGCACAUAAACAAACAAACAAAUAAAUAAAUAAAUAAAUUGAUAGAUAAAAUCCCCAUCUAUUAAAUAUUAAAUAUUAAACAAACAAAUAAAUAAAUAAAUAAAUAAAUAAAUAGAUAGAUAGAUAGAUAGAUAAGCUCACUAUCCUACACUCGUUUUUGUACUCUUCACACCUGCACGCGCGCAGGAAAGCCGGUGCAGAAUGCGGAAGCGCGCGCUCAGUCUGCGGUGGUUACGGCGUGCGCGCGCGGUGGGUGACUCUGUACAGCAGUAGUAGUAGGAGCGGUUGAGGGGCGCGCGCGGAGACGCUGACGUUUACGCUGCUGCUGCUGCUGCUGAUGAUGAUGAUGUGGUCGGUGGUCUCUUUCCUGAGCAGCUCGGAACUGGUGGCCGGUUUCCAGCGCGCCUGCGGGUUGUUUCCGGCCCCACGCGCCACUCACGAGCGGCUCUGUUCCGGCAGCACGAGGAUCCACCGCCGCGUGAACGGCACGUCGCCGCCGUGUCAGGACGCCGAGCACGCGGUGAACGGACGCAAAAGCGACGCCUCGAGUUCUCAGUAUUUGGUGAGGAACUGGCCACUGUACUUCCUGUUUGUGGGAUCUGCCACUCUGGGAAAUGAAGUGUUCUACAUCUCUUUUCUGCCCUUCAUCCACUGGAACCUGGAUCCCUUCCUGUGCCGCCGCCUCGUCAACAUGUGGGCUGUGGUGAUGUAUAUAGGUCAGGUGAUGAAGGAUAUGUUGAAGCUCCCUCGUCCCUCGUCGCCCCCUGUGGUAAAAUUGGAGCAACGGAUUGAGUUUGGCAUGCCAUCAACUCACGCCAUGGCUGCCACAGCCAUCGCCUUCACACUGUUGCUGAGCGCACCGGAAAGAGUGAAGUUCCAGUUUGAGGUUGGUUUGGUCGUCGCCGUGGUUCUUUCAGCCCUCGUGAGUCUCAGUCGCCUCUAUACUGGGAUGCACUCAGCCCUGGAUGUGAUCUGUGGGACUCUCAUAUCCGCCCUCAUUCUGGUUGUGUCCUACCCUCACUGGGACAGCUUGGACUUCUUUCAGCUCAACAGCCCACUGUCCCCUGCCAUCACACUGGUUCUGCCCCUCAUCCUGUGCUACAAAUACCCCGAGCUGGACCACUACAGUGCUACACGGGGGGACACUACUAUCAUUUUGGGAGCCAGCGCCGGUUGUUCUGUCGGCUACUGGAUCAAUCAGCGGCUCGGUGUGACGUUCGAACCCUCAGGGCCCUUCCCGGUGACCCUGCCUCCCAUGACCCCAGUGAUCUUUACCCUUGGAUUUGUGCGGUUCUUCGUAGGAGUUUUGAUUCUGGUGCUGACCCGGCAGGCGGUGAAGUGGAUCGCACUGAGGCUGCUGUGCUUGCACUACGGUGUAGCGCUUAAUGACGUUAGCGCUCACAGGAGGAAGGAAAUCGAAGUGCCGCUGAAGUUUAGCACGUACUCGGCGAUUGGGCUGGUCAACAGCGUGGUGGUGUGUCGGGUUUUCAUGCUGAUGGGGCUGCUAUGACUUUGCUAAUGCUAACUAUAUCACAAUAUGGCAGCACUGAAACAAGACGCAGGCUGUGUCCCAAGAUUAUAACACUAAUCAAGGGGGAAAAAAAAGCAGAACUUCUCCCCAGAGUAGACGGCUAGCAAAUUAGUGGUAUGCUAGAUGCUAUAUAAAUCAACCCACCCUACUAAAGCCUGACGGAGGGACACAGGGACAUUUAACAGGGACAUAUCCUCUGGCUAUGUUACAGACCUAGCCGACUUUAAACUUCAAGGUUAGAACUGCUGUAUCAAAGUGCAUUAUGGGUAAUAUACACCUUCUCUUGGUCAAUGCUGCUCUAAAAUAAAAGUUCUAUGCUCUAGUGUUCGGCAUGGAGCCAUAAAAUGGCCGACAGUCCGCUGUAUACGUUUCUCAAAUCACUUGUACUGUUCACUACGUAGUUUCGUUUGCGAAAUCAAUCGCAAGAUUAGUACAUGUUUACAGUUACAGCGUGUUUAAUUGUGUGAUUAAGUCUCAGUUUAUUUCAGAUUAAUUCAAUCGAAAUGUUAUUUAUUUCAUCCUGAAGAUGAGCACACUUUUUUUUUUUUUUUUAUACACAGGUUUAUACUCUGAGUUUUGGCUAUAAAAGCAUCUGUUUAUGACUCUGUUAGCAAGGCGUUAAUGGGAAAUGAAUAAACGAGCAAGUGAAGAA